UCACAAAAAAAUGAGCUAAUUAGCAUAUAAUAUAGCAAUACAAUGACAUACCAUUUACAUCAUUUCAUAUCAUUUGUUUGUGUUAUAUUUAUAUUGAUUCUACAAUUCUCUCACGCCCAUAAUGCACCACAAAACUAUGUAAAUUCCCACAAUACCGCUAGAAAAGAGGUCGGCGUUGGGCCUAUGCAAUGGGAUUCUACGGUGGCUAAAUUCGCGGAAAGCUAUGCCAAUCGAAGGAAGGCUGAUUGUGCACUUCUACACUCCCAUAGUGAAAAGUAUGGUGAGAAUAUCGCGGUUGGAUGGGGAGGGGAGUUCACCGGUUUGGAGGCAGUGAAGUUGUGGGUUGAUGAGAAGGCGGAUUAUGACUACAACUCAAACACAUGUGCGAGGUUCAAGGUGUGUGGACAUUAUACUCAAGUGGUUUGGAGAAACUCGACUCGUCUCGGGUGUGCGAGGGUCAAGUGCGAGAAUAAUGCGUGGUUUGUGACUUGUAAUUAUUAUCCUCCAGGGAACUACAUUGGCACCAAACCAUAUUAGUUAGACUUAGGAUCGAUUACCCCAUUAUAUAACAUAUGAAAUAUUAUGAUGAUGUUUGCUAAGAGUUAUUUUUGUUUAA